AUGCAGCUCCUCUCAGAACAGCUUGGCUCAGUGCCUGCUGUCCUCCCCUCCCCUGGUGUGUCUGCCCUCGUCUCCACCCACCUCUCCAUGACCGUCAGUGCCCCCACAGCCCCAUCCUCCUCUCAGCAGGCCUUUUGGGAGGUGAUCAGCGAUGAGCACGGCAUUGAUCCCACUGGAAACUACGUGGGAGACUCCGACCUGCAGCUAGAGAGGAUCAGCGUCUAUUACAAUGAGGCAUCAUCCUCCAAAUAUGUACCCAGAGCCAUAUUGGUGGACUUGGAGCCUGGUACCAUGGACAGUGUUCGUUCUGGAGCCUUUGGCCACCUUUUCAGACCAGACAACUUCAUCUUUGGCCAGAGUGGAGCUGGGAACAACUGGGCCAAGGGCCACUACACAGAGGGGGCAGAGCUGGUGGACUCUGUACUGGAUGUGGUUAGAAAGGAGUGUGAGAACUGUGACUGCCUUCAGGGCUUCCAGCUCACUCACUCCCUGGGUGGGGGCACUGGCUCAGGUAUGGGCACCCUGCUGAUCAGCAAAGUUCGUGAGGAGUACCCCGACCGCAUCAUGAACACCUUCAGUGUGGUGCCUUCCCCUAAGGUGUCAGACACAGUGGUGGAGCCCUACAAUGCCACCCUGUCCAUCCACCAGCUGGUGGAGAACACAGACGAGACCUACUGCAUCGACAAUGAGGCUCUUUAUGACAUAUGCUUCCGCACCCUUAAGCUGGCCACGCCCACCUAUGGGGACCUCAACCACUUGGUUUCUGCCACCAUGAGCGGGGUGACCACCUCCCUGCGCUUCCCUGGGCAGCUCAAUGCUGAUCUGCGCAAGCUGGCCGUCAACAUGGUGCCCUUCCCUCGCCUUCACUUCUUCAUGCCCGGCUUUGCCCCCCUGACAGCCCGAGGGAGCCAGCAGUACCGUGCCCUCACUGUGCCUGAGCUCACACAGCAGAUGUUUGAUGCCAAGAACAUGAUGGCUGCCUGUGACCCCCGCCAUGGCCGUUACCUCACUGUGGCCACAGUCUUUAGAGGCCGCAUGUCCAUGAAGGAGGUGGAUGAGCAGAUGCUGGCAAUCCAGAGCAAGAACAGCAGCUACUUUGUGGAGUGGAUCCCCAACAAUGUGAAGGUGGCCGUGUGCGACAUCCCACCCCGUGGACUGAAGAUGUCCUCCACCUUCAUUGGCAACAGCACUGCCAUCCAGGAGCUGUUCAAACGCAUCUCUGAGCAAUUCACCGCCAUGUUCCGCCGUAAGGCCUUCCUGCACUGGUACACUGGGGAAGGCAUGGACGAGAUGGAGUUCACCGAGGCUGAGAGCAACAUGAAUGACCUGGUGUCCGAGUACCAGCAGUACCAGGAUGCCACGGCUGAGGAGGAAGGAGAGAUGUACGAAGAUGACGAUGAGGAAUCUGAAGUCCAGGGCCAAAAGUGA